AGUCGAUGCAACUUCUUUUAAUGGACGGUUACGGUUCACGUAAGAGAGCAUAUAUAUCUACGUGUGUAUAUCUAUAUAGUACAUACGUGGUGAUCUCUUCUCUCUCUCUCUCUCCCUCUCUCUGAUUACAGUUCAGUUUCCUAGUUUGUUUGUUCUUUUUCCUUUUCCCCGGAAAGUGAUACCAGAAAACAUGGGUUUCCGUUGAGGAAUAGAUCAUCGUUGUGAACGCAAUAACAGUUUUUCUUGGUGGAUCGCGUGAUUUCUUCGAGUUACCAUAAUCCAAAACUUUCCCCGUUUGAAAGCAUUCUCAAAUCCUUCAUAUUUUUCCAUCCCUUGUCCAUUCCGCAAAUGUCGGGGGAUUUUCUCGGAAUCUCAAAAAUACACUGUAUCUGAUCGCGUCGGUUUUAUUUUUCUUAUUUUUUUCUUGAUUUGCUUUGAAUCGUCGCGAGUCGCGACUUUUGGGUGUGUUUGCUUUGAGUUUUGUCGAAGCAUUUGUGAAAAAAGAAAAAAAGAAAAAAACGAAGAUUGAACUUUUGCUAACUGGUUUUUGGUUUUCUCACCUUGGACGGGGAAAUUUUGGCCGGAAACCGAAUUUUCCGGUACCGGAUAAGGAAUUGGUUUGACACCACUUUACAAAAGAGGACUUUAUCUUUCAGUGAAUUGCGCGAGAGAAUUUAGGGAGAUUUUUUUUCCCCUUUCUAUAUAUUUGCUUGUCUAAAGUCAAGAGAAUAGAAAUUCUGUAGACCAAUUUGCAUUCUUCCCUCUCUCUCUCUCUCUCUCUCUCUCAAAGAGGGACAGGAAAUCCCGAGUCUCUCUCCCCCUCUCCCGUUUCUCUCUCUCUCUCUCUCUCUCUCUCUCUCUGUUUCUUUUUCCUUCCUCUGUUUUCCCUCUGUUUCCAGGGUUUUGAGAGAGAACCAGAGAAAUCUAUCUCUCUCUCUCCCCAAAACAUGAUUCUCGAGAAGGGUUCAACGCAAUCAAACCUCGAGUGCUUCCUAGAUCGCACAACACCAGCGGUCCCCUCCCAGUUCCUACCCAAGAGUGAGACAAGAAACCUGAAUAGGCUCUGGCACCCAUGGGAGAGGGAAAAGCUGGAGUUUUUCACAUUGGCUGAUCUUUGGAAUUGUUACGAUGAAUGGAGUGCUUAUGGUGCCGGAGUUCCAAUCCGUUUGGACAACGGCGAAACCCUAGUUCAGUACUACGUCCCUUACCUCUCUGCAAUCCAAAUUUUUACGAGCAAUUCGUCGUUGAACGGACUAAGGGAAGAGAGUGAUUCAAGUUGCGAGACGAGGGAUUCGUGUAGCGAUUCAUUUAGCGAUGAGAGCGAGAGCGAGAAACUAUCGAGAUGGGACGGAUGUUCAUCCGAGGAGGGAUUGUUCGAGCAAGAGUGCCUUUGGCCUUUGAAUGAUAGAUUGGGAAAUCUUUAUUUCCAGUAUUUUGAGAGAUCAGCUCCUUACGGAAGAGUUCCUCUCAUGGACAAGAUCACUGGAUUAGCUCAAAGAUACCCAGGAUUGAUGUCAUUAAGAAGUGUAGAUCUUUCUCCAGCUAGUUGGAUGGCAGUUGCUUGGUACCCAAUUUAUCACAUUCCCAUGGGAAGAACCAUAAAGGACUUGUCCACAUGCUUCCUCACAUACCACACCCUCUCAUCUUCUUUCCAAGAUACAGAGAUUGACGACGAAGACGGGAGUGCCGAAAGGAAGAGAAAGGAAAGGGAACAAGGCAUCUCACCACUCACCCCAUUCGGUCUGGCCACUUACAAGAUGCAAGGCCACGUUUGGGGAUCUAACAGGAGUGGUCGGGACCAGGAGCGAUUGGUGUCGCUGUUGAGCGUGGCGGAUUCGUGGCUAAAGCAACUCAGGGUCCAGCACCAUGACUUCAACUACUUCACGGGGAUUAGGCGUGGCUGAGCAAAAUCACAACACACAAGAAUCAUGAUUUCACGUACACUCCAAACAACCCCCACCCACCCCCCUCACUAACUAAAAAAAAAAAGAAGAAGAGAAAAACGGUUUCGAAAACGCGGAAACAUUUCUUUGUGCUUUUUCGGCCUUCGGGUUUGUGUGUUUUUUUUUUUGGUUGAUUUUGAGAAACGGCCUUGAAAAAAAAGAGAGAGAUGUUGAUGAUUGGACUUGUUAAUAGACUUCAUUUGUGUAGCAGAGAUCGACUGAUCAGGAAACAGAGCUUGUAAGGUCUGGACCACUUUUAACUGCUUUUUCCGCAGGCUUAAUUUGCACAAGUAAAUUUUCAUGCUCUUGCAUGCA